AUGAGUCAGCUAUACAGCAACUCUUCAACAUCGAGUUCGACACCUAAGACCAGUUAUAGUUACUCUACUCCCGUUUUCACCAGUGAAGUAAGCAGGACUUACUCGCAUACUACCACGCAACAUACACAGUACGCAUCCGGGAGCUCAACCUCCACGGCUACUGUGAAAACCUUUGAUGAAUUUGAGUCGAGUUCGGUCUCCUCAUCAGGGUCUCAGCUGGAUACCACCACUCAUUACGCGACUUCAGAGAAAAUCAGCUCUACUAUCACCUCAACUAGUCUUGAAAUCACCACUUAUGACUACACUCAAUUGCUUAUAGUGACAGGAUCAGAUACCACCUUCAGCACGGAAGUGCUUAUGACCACCGAGGCAACAUUUGCUGCAACAAGUUCAUUUACUACAUCGAGCGCACCGAUGACCACGGACUACAACUCCUUCAGCAAAUUCAUGGACUUACACGACACGUCUUCUCAUAGUGGAGGGCUUUCAAAAGGAUCCAAGGCAGGUAUUGCAGUUGGAACGGUAUUUGGAUUUUUACUGGCUUUAGGGCUGGUAUUCAUCAUGGUGAGACAUCGAAAGGGCAAGAAAGGCGCUUUUGACGAGGAUGCGCUCUGGGAACCAGUCCAGAGCCGGCCCAAUUUGCCGGACUUGCCUAACUCUGAGUACAGCCGCUCAAUACCUGCCCCUCCGCCGCCUCGAAAACGGAAUGCUGUUCCUGUUGCGAAUACAGUGCCUGAACGUUUGAUCGACGUGUUGUAUGAGAACUCUGAGGAGAGUCCUGAGCGCUAUGAAGGACGUGUGAUACCAAGCGGUAGAACCCCGCAACGAUACGAGUCGCAUUUGCAAAACGUCUCCAGAUUAAAGAACACUGGAGUUGAAGACGUUGGAGACACCCUAGGGUCCCUAGCCAUGCGGGACGGAAGGUUGCGGCCUCAAACGUGGUAUUCCGAUAUUGACAGCAGUGACUCCAGUAUCAUGAGCGAUUCAAGCAGGUCUCAUAGUUGA